CGUCUUCCUUCUCCAGCCUCUGCUCCAGCGCCAGAGCAGCGAGAGAGGGAGAGAGAUGCGCUCAUUGACGACACGGCAGCAACGAAAUGCGCACAGCUCCGCUCCCGGUCCGGGGAUAGCAGAGCCCUGACCCCUGCUCUCCCUACCGCGAUGGGUUAGAGGGGAAAUGCCAAACUUUGACACACUUUGCUUGACACCGGGGAAUCAUGCCCGGAGAUCCGUGCUGCCGAGCGGCUCAGCUCAGAGCACAAUAACAGAGAAGUGAGAGAGAAGGAGAGAGAGCCGAUUCUAUUUUCUGACUGUUUCUAUUCCGUUUUUGGGCUUUGAGAGAUGAUCACGGAGCUGGUGUGCACCGCCGUGGCUGUGGGUCUCUAUCUGAACACGCUGGACGCAGAUUUCUGCUACGAUGACAGUCGAGCCAUCAAGACGAACCAGGAUCUUCUGCCAGAGACGCCGUGGACCAACAUCCUGUAUGAUGAUUUCUGGGGGACGCUGCUCACCCACAGCGGCAGCCACAAGUCAUUCCGCCCGCUCUGCACCCUCUCAUUCCGCCUCAACUACACCCUGCAUGGCCUGCGACCUUGGGGUUACCACUUGCUGAACAUCGUGCUGCAUGGCCUGGUCACGGCCAUGGUUACGGCCCUCAGUCACUCGCUGCUCGGCAGGGGCUUGUGGAGCCUCCUCGCUGGCCUCCUUUUUGCCUCUCACCCGGCGCACACCGAAGCGGUCGCCGGCGUGGUCGGCAGGGCGGACGUCGGUGCCGCUUUGUUUUUCCUGCUGUCUCUCCUCUGCUAUGUGAGACACUGCGGAUUACGGGGUGACAAAUGGAGGGCUUUUCAGAGGAGGACAUGUGGCGGCAGCUCUGCUACCAGAUGCUGGGGCUGGAUGCUGGGCAGCCUGUGGUGUGCAGCUGCCAGCAUGUUGUGGAAGGAGCAGGGUGUGACUGUGCUGGCUGUGUCGGCCGUGUACGACCUCUUUGUGUUUCAGAAGCUGCGCGUUCGCCAGGCACUGCUGCUUCUGUUAGGGAAGAAAAAGAACCUAAGUGUUUUGCUAAGUCUCUGCAUGCUGGCCUGCUGGGGAGUCAUUUUGCUGUCAGUCCGCCUCUACUGGAUGGGAAACAAGCCUCCAAACUUUUCCAACUCAGACAACCCAGCAGCUGACUCUCCACAUUUUCUCACUCGAACUCUAACAUUCCUCCACUUGCCUGCUGCCAAUGCCUGGCUCCUGCUCUGCCCGGACAAACUCAGCUUUGACUGGUCCAUGGAUGCCGUGCCCUUGGUCAGGUCCUUGGCCGACUGGAGGAACCUUCACACUGCUGCCUUUUACUGCGGGUUGAUCCUCCUGGCUUUGUUCGGCUUCCGCGGUGCCACCGUCGCAGCGAAGGAGACCAACGGGAAAUCCCAUCUAACAAAUGGAAAAUCGGUCACAAAUGGGAAUGGUUACCAUGCCCCUGACACAAACCAAAACAGGGAUCUGCCAAAACCCACUCUCAAUGGGUCUGCUGUACCUCACCGCUGUUACUCCCACACAUCCCUGCCCCCCACAGAAAGCUUAGUUGUGUUUUCAUUGGGAAUCCUGGCAUUGCCUUUCAUCCCGGCCACCAACUUAUUCUUUUAUGUGGGUUUUGUGAUUGCAGAGAGGGUACUUUACAUCCCCAGCAUAGGCUACUGCAUACUAGUUGCGACAGGUGCACGAACGUUGUAUGUUAGACUGAGGACAAGAGCCUGCAAGGCUGCAAUGUUGUGUCUUUGCAUCGGACUCGUGCUACUGAACGGGCUCAAAACAGUUCAAAGGAACAAAGACUGGAGCAACGAAGAAAAUCUUUACAAGUCUGGGAUCCAUGUGAACCCUGCAAAAGCCUGGGGAAACCUGGGAAACGUACUGAAGAACCAGGGCAAGAUGGUGGAGGCGGAGAAGGCAUACCGAAAUGCUCUUCACUACAGAGGGAACAUGGCUGACAUGCUGUAUAACCUGGGUUUGCUGCUGCAGGAGAACGAACGUUUCUCUGAGGCGCUGCAGUAUUACAAGCUCGCCAUUGGGAGUCGACCAACUUUGGCGUCGGCUUACUUGAACACAGGAAUAAUCCUCAUAAACCAGGGAAACCUGGAGGAGGCCAAGCGCACCUUCCUCACUUGCGCUGACAUUCCAGAUGAAAACUUGAAGGAUCCUCACGCCCACAAGAGCUCAGUCACCAGCUGCCUGUAUAACCUGGGGAAGCUGCUUCAUGAGCACGGCCAGCAGGAGGAGGCUCUGUAUAUUUAUAAAGAAGCAGUGCAGAAAAUGCCAAAACAGUUUGCACCACACAGCCUUUUCAACAUGAUGGGAGAGGCCUAUAUGCGGCUGAACAGGCUGGAGGAGGCCGGUUACUGGUACAGAGAGUCCCUCAAAGCCAAGCCUGACCACAUCCCUGCCCACCUCACCUACGGCAAACUAUUGUCAAUCAUUGGGGAGAAAAACGAAGCAGAGAAAUACUACAUGAGAGCAAUUCAGCUCGAUCCAACUAAAGGAAACUGUUACAUGCACUAUGGUCAGUUCCUGUUGGAGCAGUCUCGCCCUAAAGAAGCGGCGGAGAUGGCUGAGAGAGCUGCCGAGCUGGACAUGGAUGAAUUCGACGUGGUCUUCAACGCUGCUCACAUGCUCAGACAGGCCAAUCUAAAUGAAGCAGCAGAGCGGCAGUAUAAACGUGCAGCCAGCCUCAGACCAGAUUAUCCAGCUGCUCUGAUGAACCUUGGCGCCAUCCUUCACCUGAACGGGAAGCUUCCCGAGGCGGAGGCCAACUACCUACGAGCCCUUCAACUCAAACCUGACGACGCCAUUACUCAGUCCAACCUGCGCAAGCUAUGGAACAUCAUGGAGCGACAGGGGCUCAAGACGAAGCAGAGAGGGGAGCCCUAAACUGAGAAAACUGCUGUCUCGAUUUGUUGCGGUGCUCGAAGCAUGGAGCGGGACGGACACAAAACGCUCAGUCGAGUUCGGGGAUGGUCAAAGUUGGUGUGAUUGAGGUUUGAUGGGAAACUUCUGCAUUACACCGCAGUGUUCAUUUGGUGGCUCAGACUACUAAAACUAAAUCUAAUGGUUCUUUUACCAUAAAUGUGAUACAGCUCUUGUUAAAGGAGACAAAAAUGGAGAGAUGCACUGAGAAAUUGGCUAGGGACUAGCUCCGACCAGUGGUGUCAAAAACUCAGAAAUGCUUUCUUUUCUUCAAGCAGUAAACAAGUAGGCACUAACAGCAGCACAAUUCAGGUUGGAAUCUGUUGUGGGAAUUAGGGAGGCAUCAGAGGAAGCUCAAAAUUGGCAGGAAGCUGCAUCAAAGGGAAGAGAGAGACCUCGGCAGAUACCAGGUGGACUGGGGUAUAAACAUGGACGGCCUCUUUGAAAUCUCAGAGUUAUGGCAAAAAUCGACAUUCUCCAGGACAGUGGUUCUCAAUCUUUUUCUCGCAAGUACCACCUCAGUACAUCAUUGACAUUUUUAAAACAGUAACACAAGACUUGGACUUUUGUAGUUUGUCAGAUUUUUUCUUCUUUAUAUCAAAAUGGAAAAACAGAAGGAAAAGCAGUGAGUGUUUGGUUGAUAAGUGCAAGUUUUUUACACUUGCUAUGAAAUCCAACCUGGCUGCCAUGAGUUUAGACGAUUGGUAAUAAACAGUUUAUUUGCAUUUCUGAAAGUAUCUAACGAUCACAUUAGGAAUUGCCCACGUUCUACUGUAUAGCCUCUGUUAGGGAAUAUGUUUCUUUAGAAUUAAAGUUAAUGAAAUGCUAAGAUUUACAUAUCUGUCAGUUCAUAUUUCUUAUAGUAGUUAGCUUGUCACUGAACACUGCAGUUAGAGUUGAUAUCUUUCUCUAAUCCAUGUUCCAGAGUGAAAAAUAAAUAAGUAAAGAAUAAAGCACUAAAAUAACCAAACUAUUGUAAACUAUACCAACAUCAAUAUCUGACAUAAGACAAAAUGUAUUUGCACCAAAGAAUUUUGCUUUCUAUGUCCUUUUAACAUUUUUUUACACAAAUAUAAACUAUAGAGGGGCUUUUUUAUAUUUUAUCCAAAUUUUACACAAAUAAAAUUUGAUUUAGAUUUUUUUUUGGUUUGCAAUGCGCAUAGUUUGAUGCUUUGUAAAAUAUAAUCAAUGUUUUAAAUCAAACAACAAAAGCUAUACUUCACAUUUUGACACAAACAAAUAAGGUAAAUAUAAAAUAAAUGAAUCACAUAUUAUAUUUUAUUUUUUAUCCGGUCUUGUUCUGGAGGAGGGGUUCAGAAAAUUACAGAAAAGUUUGAGAACCGCUUGUUCAAGAGAUUACACAUGGAGACCGCGCUUUACAGCUAACAAGGCUAGCUGCACUAAUCGUGCUCAUACCUAACACAAAACACUAAGGACAUCCAAAUAUUAACUGUCUGAUCAUAUAGUAAAUUAUAUAUAAAUAAAGACUGACCACUUAGGAAUGGAAGACUAGAAAAAUGUUUUUAUAAGCCAUGAGAUCAGUAAAGAAUUUUGUUAGAGAUCAACAACAAAACUGAAACCACAAAAAAAUUAAUAAAUCAAAUGCAAACUGCAGCAUUUCCAUAAAUACUGAGUUGACUGUAACUUUACUGUUGUGUGUAACAGUAACUUAAAUGAGGGGCUUACUGAAAUUGUUUUAGCUGAAGCCAUUUUGAAAUGUGUCGCCAUCAAGUGGUGUUUUAUGUCACUAUCUGCUUUGACACAAAGGGAAACCUACAUUUUACUUGGCCAUCAUGGAAAAAAACCUAUUUAAUCAUCUAAAGGGAGCAAAGCAUGAAUGUAGCAUCUUGCUUCAGGCUUUGUUGUUUUUAGCACAAAGCUAACCAACAUUUUGUUGGUUAAAUUGCAUGAUGUUUGCCAUUCUCAUUUGUUUUUUUUUUUUAAAUGUGAGAAGAAUUUCUUUUUUUUUAAAAACAAAACAAAAAAAACCUAUUGGUCCUGGAAGAGAACAAGGCAUAAAAAGAAUUCAGCGAGAUAUUUUGGUACAACCUUCUUAAUACAAAGAUUCCAAAAAAAAAAAAAACACAAUAGAAAUCCAAUCCAGUUGAAAACGUGAAGAUUUGUACAUUUUGAACAUUUCAGGCAGAAAAACAAAAACGUCUCAGUGGUGCCAAAGCCUGUAAUGAGUUCUCAAGCCUUCGGUGCCAAGCAAGAUCUGUAAACACUCGUAUUUUGUUUGUUGUGUCAGACGGUGUUUCAUACUAUGUGAUCAAAUGAAUUUUAAUUUAUUAAUAUGUGUUAUAAAUGCCAACUUUGUGCCAUAUCAUCUCACCCGUUUUCUUUCCUCCAAUCAGACUGUAGAAGGCGACAUGACAGUUUUCUUUAUCUUUAGUGUUUUUUGUUUUUCCUCUCUGCUCAGGGAUAUCAGGUUGUGAUUCCUGUGACAGAGCUGAAGAUCUGUGACACAGAGAGAGCUUCUUCACGUGUUAGGUGUUCUUUGUUGAUCGUGGAUGUUUAUUUAAUUAUAGAACACGUCUAGCUGAAACCGUCUGGUGUUUUGUAAGAAGUACAAUGAAGACUUUUCCAUAAUAAAAGUAAAAGAUUU